UCCACUCAACUCCAUCAAGUUCACUCACUUCGCUGGUCUAUUUAUCUCCGAGAACCGGGGGAAAAUAAUAUUAUUUUUUUGACAAAUAUAUUAAUUUUAUACCGAUUAUUAAUAUUUAACGAUUCGUAAAGUUUACAUUCGUAUUACUCAUGUAGAUUAGUGAUAAUUACAGUAAUUUAUGCGCUAUCGAAAAUGUCAAAUGUUCCCGUAAUUUGUGAAUGGCCGUGUUUUUCGUAUGUCAAUAAAAAGUGUUUUGCCGUUCUAUUACAUUGAACUACGAUGUUGCUGCGAAAGAAUGCGAUGAUGGACACGAUCCAAUGGAGAAAAUGGUUUCUUUUGUUUAUAAUCACUCUGUGUCGAACGCUGGAUUCAAUCAAUGCACUAAAAUGCUACUGCAACAGCGAGACAUGCCCGAACAAUACAUGCGAGACAGACGGCUACUGCUAUGCUUCCACCAGCCUCGAGAAUGGUGUCCAGAAGUUCACCUUCCACUGUAUCGACCGCGUAUUAUUGAUACCGCCCGAGCACCCCUUCCGUUGCUCGACGCCGAAGACGAGAAAUGAGUCGGUUGCGAUCGAAUGUUGCAAAAGCGACAUGUGCAACAAGGGGCUGCGUCUGGAGCUUCAGCCUCUGCCGCCAGAGCCGACCGGGACGGCCACGGCGUGGCAGGUGAUCCCGUGGGUGAUGGGGCUGAUGGUGCUUGGCGUAUGCGCGGCCAUCAGCUUCUGGUGGGCCAAGCGCACGCGCAACGUGAUGAAGCGCGGCUCGAGGCCGCUGUUCCAGGGCGAGGACUCGCUGUGCGAGACGCGCCACCACCCGCUCAUGGGCACCGCCACCAUCCGCGACAUGAUCGAGCUCACCACCUCGGGCUCGGGAUCGGGUCUCCCGCUCCUGGUGCAGCGGUCCAUCGCCCGCCAGAUCCAGCUUGCCGACAUCAUCGGCAAGGGCCGCUUCGGCGAGGUGUGGCGCGGGCGCUGGCGCGGCGAGAACGUGGCCGUCAAGAUCUUCUCCUCGCGCGAGGAGUGCUCCUGGUUCCGCGAGGCGGAGAUCUACCAGACGGUGAUGCUGCGACACGAGAAUAUAUUGGGAUUCAUCGCUGCUGAUAACAAAGACAACGGCACGUGGACGCAGCUGUGGCUCAUCACGGACUACCACGAGAAUGGCUCGCUGUUUGACUUCCUGACUGCGCGCACAAUCGACUCGGCCACGCUCGUCAAGAUGGCGCUGUCCGUGGCCACCGGCCUGGCCCACCUGCACAUGGACAUCGUCGGCACUAAAGGUAAGCCGGCCAUCGCGCACCGCGACCUGAAGUCCAAGAACAUCCUGGUGAAGAGCAACCUGACCUGCGUGAUCGGGGACCUGGGGCUGGCCGUCCGCCACCACGUGGCCAGCGACUCGGUGGACGUGCCCUCCACCAACCGCGUGGGCACCAAGCGGUACAUGGCCCCCGAGGUGCUGGACGAGUCGAUGGACACGCGGCAGUUCGACCCGUACAAGCGGUCGGACGUGUACUCGUUCGGGCUGGUGCUGUGGGAGAUGGCGCGCCGCUGCGGCGGGCUGCCCGACGAGUACCAGCCGCCGUACUACGACUGCGUGCCGCCCGACCCGUCGCUGGACGACAUGCGGCGCGUCGUGUGCACCGAGCAGCGCCGGCCCGUCGUGCCCAACCGCUGGCACUCGGAUCCGAUCCUCCUGGCGAUUUCGAAGGUUAUGAAGGAGUGCUGGUACCAGAACCCGGCGGCGCGGCUGACGGCGCUGCGCAUCAAGAAGACGAUCGCCAACGUCGGCACGCCGGACUACAUCAAGCUGUAGGGUAUGUCGAUAAUAAAGGCCCAUCGAGCAGCGGCACCGUCCUAUUGGUUUAAGUAUUUAACUUGCUACAAUCCAAAAAAACAGAUUUAAGCACUAGUUUAUAAGACAUGUUAAUAAAAUAUACAGUUUUUCGUCUAAUCAUCGAGUGAGAUUAUACAGAAACAAGCGAACGAUACAAGUUGUCUUUUAAGCGAUUAUCACACUGCACCGCGCUCCGCCGCGGUACGCGUGAAGUCUGAUUUAAUCAUUGUAUGCAAGUACCUCA